CAAUAUCUUUUCAGUGGGGCUCUCCAGGCCCACCUUGUUCUGAAACAAAAUUUAAAACAGGGAUUCCAAGGCACGGAGAUGUUGAUAACUUUGCAUAGCUAUACCUCAAAAAAGUUCGAGGGAGAAUUGAAAACCCGAAUUUGAUAGAAGGCCGCCUAGGAAUCGCAUUUCGGAACGGUGGACAAGCCGCGCCAUCACCCCCCUUGGACGCACUGUAUGAAUUGAGACCCAGAAACCACCAGCACCCACAUCAACCCGCAAUGGAGUCCCCACCCAAACCAACAACGACGGACUCACCCCCUAAAACCAUGAAAGCCUGGGUCGGCCAGCGCACCGGCGCACCGGCCCAGGCCAUCUCGCUGCAGACAGACCGGCCCGUUCCCGGCGCCCCGACUGGCAGCGACCUCCUAAUCAAGAUCUCCCACGCGGCGCUGAACCCCGCCGACGCCGUCUUCAUGCGCUUCCUCCCGACCCUGCUCCCCUUCCGCCGGGCCCCGAUCCCGGGGCUCGACUUCGCCGGCCACGUGUACGUCGUCGUGCCGGCGGAGCUGGUGGCGCCCUGGCCGCGGGGCGUCGGGGGGUCCGCGGCGGUGGCGGCGGGGCUGGGCGUCGUGGGGCAGACGGCGGCGAUUGCGCUGCGGGAGGCCGGGUUGAUGGCUGGUGAUAGGGUCUUGGUUAACGGGGCAAGUGGCGGGCUGGGGAAUAUGCUCGUGCAGUUGAGUAAAGGGCAUGGCGCCUACGUGGUUGGGGUGUGCUCUGCGGAGAAUGAGGCGUUGGUGAGGCGGCUUGGUGCUGAUGAGACGAUUGAUUACACGGUGCAUGAUCCGUUGCACGCGUACCUCGCGAAGCAGUACUCGGAGGUGCCGUUUGACUACAUCUUCGACUGCGUCGGGCAUCAGGUCCUCUUCGACUACUCUCCCGGCUAUCUCGCGACAACCGGAAAGGUGAUUAGCCUCGUUGGCGGGGCGUCCCAUGGGGUCUGGCCAUUCCUGAAGAACUGCAUGUGGCCCGGGUUUUUGGGAGGAACGCCGAGGACAUACAAGAUACUCGGACUCAAGCCGUCCGGGGAGCUGCAGAGGCAAGUGGUCAAGUGGUUUGAUGAGGGCCUGAUCAAGGAGGUGCCGAUUGACUCGGAAUACGAUAUGGAGGAUGUCUUGAAGGGCUACGAACGGGUGGUCAGUAAGAGAUCUAAAGGGAAGGUCGUGAUCAAGGUUGGGUGACGGGUAGAUGGAACAUGGAAUUUUAACUGCUGGUCGGUUUGUGAAUACAGCGAAACCCAAGUUCGAAAGAGAAGAAAGAGCUGUGUGUUCGUCUGUCUCUGUAUGUGUGGGUGGAGGGCUUUGGCUCGGGAGAAGUAGACGGCAAGAAUAUGCUCCCCAGGGUAUUCUGUGUAUUUUAGAUACCCGACUUUCGCCCCUGACAUUAUAGAUCACUUAUUUCACCUACUUUUCUUCAUCUUUUGAACCAUUCCGAUCAUCCUGAUCUUACAUCACUUGACCGAUUCUACCAGCCAGAGCUUCAGGG